UCUGUUUCCCCAUCCUCUUUCACCAGAACAUCAGAGCGCUGUAGUGCUGGCAGGAGCGUUUUUUUCAGUCUUAACGUGAUCGGUUCAAGAUUUGGCUGCUUGCACCCUGUAACCAUCCUCCGCCUAUAUAAAACCUUCUGCCUUCCUGUCCUUCUCUAUGGCUGUGAGCUGUGGUGCAUAACCCAAACCGAACUGCUGAUGCUCGAGCGCGUGCACCGAAAGAUCUUGAGAACUGUAACUGGCCUCCCUGUGCGUUGCAAUUCCAAGGCUCUUCUCCUUACCCUUGGCACUCUCAGCAUCAGGAGCAUGAUACAUCAACGCCAACUCAACUUUCUCCACUCUUUUUCGUCUCUUCCUCCUGACUCUCUUCCUCGCCAACUGCUCCUCUCCCUGCUCAAUUCCCCCCCCUCUGGUGGCAUCGUCCCCAGACUCCUAUCCUUGCUAUCUGAGUACGACCUCCCCUCUGUCAACCUUGUCAUCUCAGAUCGUUGGAGCAGGGAUGGAUGGAAGCGUCUGACAAGGAGGUUACUGCUAGCCAAAGAGUUUACUCUAUUCGUCGAGACCUGCAGCCACAUCCCACUGGCCGAUUGCUCGUCCCUCUCCCUGGGGAAAGUGCUCCCCCACCUUUUAGUCUGCCGCGGACUUCCCAGACUCUCAAGGCAAAAUAAUAUCCGGAUCCGUCUUUUGCUGAACUGCGCUGGGCUGGAAUCAGAAACAUCCAACUUCCGGAACGCUACAUCGGACGACACAUGCAAACUUUGUGGUUCUACUUCCUCUGAGACCGCUUCUCACUUCACUGCCCAGUGUCCCGCCCUCUCGUCAGUGCGCAACUCCCUCUCUCCCCGCAGUCUCAUCCCUCUGUUAGCCUCUGACUCUCAACUGUUCGUGGACUACGUUCUCGGCACCAUCCCGCCUCGACCAACUGUCAGCUGCUGCAUCUUCAUUGCC